AUGAAGUUGAAAAGGAAUAAAGAAGAGAGCUCUAACUCCAAUGAAAGCCCCAAAGGGAAACUGACACUUUUGCUUGCAAUGGUAACGCUGAUAUCUACCUUUGGAUCAUCUUUCCAGUAUGGCUACAACGUAUCUGUGAUCAAUUCUCCAGCUCCGUACAUGCAAGCCUUCUACAACCAAACCUACCUGGACAGGAAUGGAGAACCUAUGGACAGCAACUUCCAGACACUGCUCUGGUCUCUCACCGUGUCUAUGUACCCCCUGGGAGGCUUCUUUGGGUCACUCUUGGUGGCGCCUCUGGUUAACAAGUGUGGCCGAAAAGGUACCUUGCUGAUAAAUAACCUCUUCUCCAUUGCUGCUGCAAUCCUAAUGGGAACCUCAGAGGUAGCAAAAACCUUUGAAGUAAUCAUCCUUUCACGAGUUAUCAUGGGAAUAUUUGCUGGCCUGGCCUCCAAUGUGGUUCCCAUGUUCCUGGGAGAAAUGUCCCCCAAAAAUUUGAGAGGUGCUAUUGGGAUAGUGCCCCAGCUCUUUAUCACCGUUGGAAUCCUUGUAGCUCAGAUCCUUGGUCUCAACAGCAUCCUGGGGAAUGACAAAGGCUGGCCAGUGCUGCUGGGGCUCACUGGGAUCCCAUCGCUAAUUCAGCUCCUUAUAUUGCCCUUUUUCCCUGAGAGUCCCAGAUACCUGCUGAUACAAAGGGGCAAUGAAGAGCAAGCACGGCAAGCUCUGCAGAGGUUGAGAGGCUGGGAUGAUGUAGAUGAUGAGAUAGAAGAAAUGCGCCAGGAAGACCGAUCAGAAAAGGAAGAAGGGCAUUUCUCUGUGCUCAACCUGUGCACCUUCAGAGGCUUGCGAUGGCAGCUCAUCUCCAUCAUUGUCAUGAUGAUGGGUCAGCAGCUUUCUGGGGUUAAUGCGGUCUUCUACUAUGCGGACAGAAUCUUCUUGUCGGCAGGUGUGGACAAAAAUAACGUUCAAUACGUCACUGUCUCGAUAGGUGCCGUCAACGUUGUCAUGACUUUCCUUGCGGUUUUCAUUGUGGAGUCACUGGGGAGGAGAAUCCUUCUCCUUGCUGGCUUUGGAUUGUGCUGUGUCUCCUGUGCAGUGUUAACGCUGGCCCUCAAUCUCCAGCCAACUGUCUCGUGGAUGUCUUACCUCAGCAUAGUGUGUGUCAUUGUCUACAUCAUUGGCCAUGCUAUUGGAGCCAGUCCUAUUCCCUUUGUGAUGAUCACGGAGAUGUUCCUGCAGUCAUCCCGGCCUGCAGCAUUCAUGGUGGGUGGGUCUGUGCACUGGCUGUCCAACUUCACCGUGGGGCUUGUGUUCCUCUAUAUGGAGGCUGGACUGGGGGCCUACGUCUUCCUCAUCUUCUGUGCCAUCUGCCUGGCCACUAUAAUUUACAUCUUCAUUAUUGUCCCUGAGACGAAGAACAAAACCUUCAUGGAAAUCUACAGAAUCAUGGCCAAGAGAAACAAGGUGGAGAUUCACACGGAAAAAGAAGAGCUCAAGGAUUUCCAUGCUGGUCCAGGGGGGCAGACAGAGAGGAAAGAAGUUUCCAGCAGUCAUCUGUGACCCAGACCAGCAUUUGGCCUGUCCCAGGCAUGUUCAGGAUCUAUGUUCAGUAAGAGAGAAGAUA